CCGAACAAAAUUCCAAAAUGGAGGUUCUCCCUGCAGAGCUUCAUCCACAUGUUGAUGCCAUUGAUAUUGAAGAAGACGGUACAUUAGCCGUAGCAUCCUCAGCAUUAACCGGCCGAACGUGGAACGGAUCUUUGUGGUUGUUUAAAGAUCGUGCUAAAGCACCGGAUGUCCAUUACUGCAGUGCUGGAUGUGCUACAGAAUCAGGGACGACAGACAUUAAGUGGAUCGACUCUAGAAGACUUGUCCUUGGAUCUGAUACAGGCACUGUGGACAUCUGGUGUCUGAGUGGAAGCUUUCAAAGUUUAGAAAAUAUGGCGUCGUUGUCAGAUCAUGACAAUACAGUUUCUUCCGUCAGUGUAGAUUGUGUAAAGAGUAAAAUUGUCAGCGGUAGCUGGGAUCGAAGCAUCAAAGUGUGGGAUUUAGAGCAGGAAAAAUGUAUAAAGUCUUACAAAGGUCACAGGGACAUGGUGUGGAGUGUUGUGUAUAGUAGAACUGAGCAGGAUGUUUUUGUUUCAGCCUCACAGGAUGGGAGAGUUAUCCUAUGGGACACCAGAACACCAAACUGUGUGUCCAGGUUGUCAGAUUCCUCUCAGUAUAACAGCAUUCCACGUUGUGCAGACUGGAGUCCAUUAGACCAUCACUUACUUGCUCUUGGUUAUGAAGACGGUAGUGUGUGCCUCUGUAACAUCCAAAACCCUAAACAACCAGUCCUAACUUUUUGCCCUCACGAAAGAGCUGUCAACAGAUUGGCUUUCUCACCAAGAAGUCCUGAAUGGCUUGCUUCAGUAUCAGAUGACAUGUGGGUACAUGUGCAAGAUUGUCUCAAUGACACAGAAGUUCUCAGAAGUGAUGAACAUACGGAGGUUGUGCGGGGCCUGGCUUGGAGUCCCGUGGACGACACCUUAUAUACCAGCGGUUGGGGCCAGCAGAUAUUCAGUCAUGCGUUUGACUGUGGGGAGCCUUCAGACCUUAAUGUGGAAGCCAGCAUAUCUCAAGCUACUUCUGUGUGUAUGGAUAUGGAUUCUGUCAAUCAAACGCACUUUAAUGGAGAUCUCAAUGGAAUGUCUCUGGAUGACGAGAAUGGUGAAGAAACGAUGGAAGUUGAAGGGCACGGAGCCACACAAAAGACUGUGUCUUCUAACGUAGGAACGGAUAGCUCGGUUGGGACUGUUAGCUAGCACCCUGUUAACUGUAAAUAGAGAUAUAACUUAACAAUUUUGUUUAUGAAACAAAGGUGUAUACCUCUCAAACCGUAAGAUAGGAGCCUUGUUUUGGAGUUAUUUCACCUUUGACAGCAACAGGUCAUUAGUGGAAUUUGCAAUCUUAAUUUUGAGGAUGAAGUAAUUUCACUGAAAAAUUCAAGAUUAUUGAGUGUUGGCUUAGUAGGUACUAUAACAGUAUUGUUUCCAGUGUGGUGUUUAUAUCGUUAAUGACCUGUGUGGCAUGUGUUUGGAUAACCUUGCACGGGAAGAAAAGAGUGUUGUCGAAGUAACCUCGUAGUAUUCACAGGGGUCAUUAAGAAUAAGUUCAAUGACAAAGGAAGUUGAUGGGGAUGUAAAUUAGAUACGUUCAAACAAGGUGUUUUUUAAAAAAGCCGGUUAGACCACCGCCUAUGAGACCUCUUACAGCCGUCUGUUCAGCACGGCCUCAGACUUCCUGAGGAGAAGGGGUCUUACAGGCACAGCCACCUACCAUUGACAGGCGCGCACGGAACAAGUUAUUGAAACCCCUGCGUGUAAACUUCCUCAAGUGCGAAAAAAGUGAAUUACCGAGCCAUGGUUGGUUUUAGUUUUGUCAUCUGAUUGGUUUAAAGGAUGAUGCAAGCUCUCUGGACCAAUCACAGAUCGAAUUUCAGGAAAAAUCAAUGCGCUUCUGAUUACUUUUCGGGAAUUGCCCAAGUUGUUGUUAAGCAAGGUAGACAAAGAGAUACGAUCAGCACCCUCUGGUAACCUGGUCAUCUGUUAAAAGGAACGUGAGCGGGUGGAAGGGGAGGCAGCAGUGAAUAGCGAGCAUUAAUCUCCAUCUGAUAAAUAAAGAUUGCUAUUCGUCACAUGACUAUGUUUUUAGUUCAUUUACUAUUUCCUGGAAUUUUAGC